GGGCUGUUCUCAGCAUCUCAGUUACCAAGGUGACUGUUUCCUGUGCGAUUGCUAAUGCUUCAUGAUCUCGAUCAUGAUAUCCGAGUGACUUCCUUUUCUCUGUGAGGAGCCGUAGGACCUGCUCCUUCCCAGGGCUGCCCAGACGCUUUCAGAGCUGCAGAGGAUCCAGAUCCUGCUGCUGUCCUGGAUUGUCUGUUCCUGCUGCUGGCUGCUGCGGGCUCAUCCCCAUGCUCGCUUGGGCUGAGCGGGUAGCAGCGGGGCAGAGAGGCUGGUGUGCCCCGGGGUGCUGAAGCAGGGAGGCCGCUGGACCCACCGCUCCCGGGACCCUCCUGCUCCCCACCUCGAGGAGCCCCGAUACUCUGAUGGAUCUGAGGCCCUGCUCGCUGCUCCUGCUCUGGACUCUGGUGGUUGCCCUCGCUCUCCUGGCGCAGGAGGUGCUGGCCCAGCGUAUUUACACCAACACGUGGGCCGUGCUCGUCCCUGCGGGGCCACAGGAGGCUGACAGGCUGGCCAGGAAGCAUGGAUUCCUCAACCUGGGCCUGAUCUUUGGUGACUAUUACCACUUUCGGCACAGUGGCGUGGUGAAGCGUUCCCUCUCACCCCACCAGCCCUGGCACAGCCGUUUGGCCAGGGAACCCCAGGUGCAGUGGCUGGAGCAGCAGGUAGCCAAGCGCAGGACCAAGCGCGACGUUUUCAUGGAGCCCACAGACCCCAAGUUCCCGCAGCAGUGGUACCUGUACAACACCAACCAGCGGGACCUGAACGUGCGUCAGGCCUGGGAGCAGGGCUACACAGGCAAGGGCAUCGUAGUUUCCAUCCUGGAUGACGGAAUUGAGAAGAACCACCCUGACCUGGAGGGCAACUAUGAUCCAGGAGCGAGCUUUGAUGUCAACGACCAGGACCCAGACCCACAGCCCCGCUACACACAGAUGAAUGAUAACAGGCAUGGCACACGCUGCGCUGGGGAAGUGGCUGCCGUAGCCAACAACGGGAUCUGUGGUGUCGGCGUUGCUUACAACGCCCGCAUCGGAGGCGUGCGCAUGCUGGAUGGGGAGGUGACUGAUGCUGUGGAGGCCCAUUCCCUGGGCCUCAAUCCCAACCACAUCCACAUCUACAGUGCCAGCUGGGGCCCGGAGGAUGACGGCAAGACUGUGGAUGGCCCGGCCCGGCUGGCGGAGGAGGCUUUCUUCCGAGGGGUCAGCCAGGGCCGAGGAGGGCUGGGCUCCAUCUUCGUCUGGGCAUCCGGGAACGGGGGCCGUGAGCACGACAGCUGCAACUGCGAUGGCUACACCAACAGCAUCUACACGCUGUCCAUCAGCAGCACCACGCAGUACGGUAACGUGCCCUGGUACAGCGAGGCCUGCUCCUCCACCCUCGCCACCACGUACAGCAGCGGCAACCAGAACGAGAAGCAGAUUGUGACAACCGACCUCAGACAGAAAUGCACCGAAUCGCACACAGGGACAUCGGCCUCGGCACCCCUGGCCGCUGGCAUCAUCGCUCUCGCUCUUGAGGCCAACAAGAACCUGACCUGGCGGGAUAUGCAGCACCUCGUGGUGCAGACGUCGAAGCCGGCUCACCUCAACGCCAACGACUGGGUCACCAACGGCGUCGGCCGCAAAGUCAGCCACUCCUAUGGCUACGGGCUGCUGGAUGCUGGUGCCAUGGUGAGCCUGGCCAAGAACUGGACCACGGUGGGACCUCAGAGGAAAUGUGUCAUCGACGUCCUCACAGAGCCAAAGGACAUCGGGAAGCGCCUGGAGGUGCGGCGGAAAGUGGACGCCUGCCUGGGGAAAGCCAACUACAUCAGCCGGCUGGAGCACGCACAGGCGCGGCUGACCCUGUCCUACAACCGGCGCGGGGACCUCGCCAUCCAUCUCGUCAGCCCCAUGGGCACCCGCUCCACCCUCCUGGCUGCCAGGCCCCACGACUUCUCGGCCGAUGGCUUCAACGACUGGGCCUUCAUGACGACGCACUCGUGGGACGAGGACCCCUCUGGGGAAUGGGUGCUGGAGAUCGAGAACACCAGCGAUGCCAACAACUAUGGCACACUGACCAAGUUCACGCUCGUGCUGUACGGGACGGCCACUGACUCCCCGAGCCUCUCCAACCAGCUGGAGAGCAGCGGCUGCAAGACUUUGACCCCCAGCCAGACCUGUGUGGUCUGCGAGGAGGGGUACUACCUGCACCAGAAGAGCUGCCUGAAGCACUGCCCUCCCGGCUUCGCGCCCGGCAUCCAGAGCACACACUACGAGCUGGAGAACAGCGUGGAGCCCAUUGCCCCGCACCUCUGCCUGCCCUGCCACACCUCCUGCGCCACCUGCACCGGUCCUGGCCCCAACCAGUGCCUGACCUGCCCCGCGCACUCCCACUUCAGCAGCCUGGACCUCUCCUGCUCCCAUCAGACGCAGAGCAGCCGUGCGUCCCCUGCCCUGGCAGACGGCGAGGGGCUGGCCGAGGCUCCCCCUCCCACCAACCUGCCUGUCCUCAUUGCCAGCCUCAGCUGCGUCAUCAUCGUCGUCAUCUUUGUCACCAUUUUCCUGGUGCUGCAGGCGCGCUCAGGCUUCAGCCUGCGGGGUGUGAAGGUCUAUGCCCUGGACAGCGGGAUCAUCUCCUACAAGGGGCUCCCCUCUGACAUCUGGCAGGAGGAGGGCCCCUCAGAGUCGGACGGUGAGGACAACGAGGCCCACAGCGAGAGGACUGCCUUCAUCAGAGACCAAAGUGCCCUUUGAUGAGCCCUCCCGCCCCUCCCUCCUCCCUGCCCAGCACCAUGGGGCCAGGGUAGGCAAGGCCGAGGGGUCCUGGACUCUGCCCCCAUCCCUGUCCCGCACCACAGCAGCCCGGGGCUCCCACCCACCGGCACUGUCCCUUGCCCUGGCCUGGGCAGCCGGGCACAGCCCUGCUGGCACCCUCCCCAGCUCCGCACUGUCCUGGUCUGGCUCCAUCUGUCUCUGCCCCGUGUCUAUCCUGACCCUGUGCUGGGAUGUGUGGUGGCAGCAGGGUCUCUGACUGGCCCUGCGCUGGCGGCCAUGUACCCUGCCCGGGAUGGUGGCUGUUGCUGGGGGUCACACACAUCCCCUGGGUGGGCAGUGUGUGAGUCCCUGGGGUGUCACUGCUCAGGCUGGGCUGGCCAGGGUUGGCUCUGUCCCACAGCAUCCCCUGCCCCUGCCGCCCUCAGCACCCAUCUGCAUCCCUGGCUCUGCCCACUGCAUCCCGCCUCCCUGCCACCCACCGAGGGUCUGUCUGCCUCCACCCGUGCCCUUCAACAGCAAUAAUGGCCAGGCCUCGGCUGCUGCUGCCUGCUUGCCCGCUGCCUGCCCGUCCCGCGUGGCUGCCUGCAGCGCGGACAGGAGCCCCCUGCACCAGGGAGCAUGGGGCAGGGCAGCGCCUUGUGACCGUGGCUCAGUGCUGCUGCGUGGGCAGGGACCCCCACGCACCCCUGCUCUGCGCCUGUUUUGCCCCUGGGCAGGGCUGUACGGGUGCUGGCCAGGGCAGUCUGGCAGCGCCUGGCUCUGCCUGCACCCUGCCUGCGCUGGGCAGAGCCCGGCGACCCCUGCCCCUCGACGUGCCUUGCCCCCACUUGGUGACAAUCCGUUCUGCUCCCUGCUGGAGCCCCUUCCCGGCACCGCCUGCCCUCGCCGCCCCUUCCCCGUGGGCUGGGGGCAGGUGCCACGAGCCCCUUUGCCGUCCGCACGCCGGGGCCAUGGCACGGCCUGUGCCCAUGCCCAUGCCCGCUGCAGCCAGCCAAGGACGGAGCCGCCGGCUGGGGGCCACAGGACUAUUUUUCUAUAAUAACUUUUUGGUGCACAGUAAUUUUUUCUUGUAAUUUAAUCAGCCGGGAGCUGCCUCCUGAGCCUGUUUUUAAUUUAAUGGAUGUGGAUAUAACGCUAGAGAGACUGAGUUAUUAAAUGUUCAGAACUAUGCAAACCA